AUGCCUGAUGUCUGCAUGCAUGGGAAUCAGAGCCUAUACGCUCUUCUUGGUGAGUCAGUAGUUCAUGAGGGAGAUCUGGAUUGGAGACGCGAGUCAGGCUUGGUGCUGAGAAUGGCCGCACUCACUGAUGAUGCCGACUACGAUGCCGGCGAAACGUCUGAGAAUGUAUCAAUUCCACGGUCUGAUGCUGCGAAUUAUGAUACCUACUAUGGCAGAACACUUCCACAAGGAGCCCCCAAUUAA